AUGCAGUGGAUUGAUGAGCAGAGCCGUAUGGAGCUACUGCCUGCAUUUAGAGACUGCCUUGGCAUUUGGAGGCCAGAUUUCUUGUUGACAGGUGGCAGCAGCGGUGCGGUUGGAUUCCAACUCUGUGAGAUAAACAGCCGUGUACCACUCAACGCGCUCAUCCACAGCGCAUACAAAAACGACAUCAUGCGGCAACUAUUGGGAGCCGAAUCGAACCUAAAACCAGCUGGUGACUUCAAUGAGAUGGUGAGCAGUCUGGUCGGCCUUUUCGACGCUAGGUUGCCAAUCCAUAUUGUAAGGGGAAGGGACGCACUGGACAGACAAGAGUUUGUCCACUUAGUCGAGAAGAAGACUGGCUUAAGGCCAAGGUUUGUUGGGUUAGCGGACCUGCAGUUGAGGUCGGAUCCUUCUUCUGCGACAGGUAGAUCCCUUUAUUGCAAACGUCCGGCUAGUAGGGAAGAAGGAGAAGGACUAGAGAAGGUCAAGCAGGUGGCUCUAUUGCUCUUCCCUGAUGAGUACUGUUUCCUGGCACAAGACUUGCUCCAACACCUAGCACCAAUAGCGGUACAUGAUUUUCGUACUAGCCUACUGGUCAAUGACGAUCGGUUCCUAGGCAUUGUGUUACAGGAACUCGAGGACCUUGUAAUCACCCACAAAGCCCUCACUCCCGACCAGGCUAUGCUCCUCAAGGAUGGCAUCGUGCCUACCAUACUACCAGGAUCUCCGGAGUUUGAGCAAUGGAUCGACCUUAGCACUCGAGCGGAGGUUACGAAGAACGAUUAUAUUCUCAAGGCAGCCCGUCAAAGUCGGGGGAUGGGUCAUUUACUUGGAGAAGAAGUCUGUGAAGAGAAAUGGAAGGUGAUCAUGUCGAGGAUGCGUGAUCCAGGUAUUCACACAGACACGACAUGCUUUGUACUGCAGCCUUACAUACAACAGCCCACCUUUGAUAUUGUUGCGAAUGACGAUAAAGUCGAGAACGGUUUUCAUAUGGUUGGUACAUAUUAUACAGCUAAUGGUCGCUUUCUUGGUCUGGGCCCUUGGCGCGCAGGAAGGGCAAAAAUCUGCAAUGUCCAUGGUAGCGGAUGUGUGGGGCUAUAUUCUGUUACUCAGGCAGACACGGAUUAG